CUAACAAAUAAUGCCAUUGAAACACUUGUUGCUAUCCAAUCCUUCCCAAACCAGAUAUUAUUCUUCCUCGAGGGGCAGAAAUACUCCUAAUUUGGUCUCCGCCUUCAGAACACAUGGCUUUUUGAUAAAGUCUGGGAAGUUCACAGAUUCAUAUACUUGGAACAACAUUUUAGCUGAUUAUUGCAGGUGGAGUGAACUUGAUGAUGCACAAAAACUGUUUGACGAAAUUCCUCAAAGAGAUACUGUAUCUUGGAACUCUCUCAUUGUAUGUAAUGUGCUUAGAGGAAACUAUGAGCAUGCCUGCAUUCUCUUUGGAAAGAUGCUUCAGAAGAGGUUAUUCUGCAAUCAGUACACUCUUAAAAGUGUUCUCAAGUCAGUUUCUUGCACCUUUCAAUUGGUUAUAGGGAACCAGCUGCAUUCUUUUGUCGUGAAAAUAGGCCUUGAUCGAAAUGUAUUCUCAGGAACUGCACUAGUAGACAUGUAUGCUAAGUGUGGUAGCUUAAGUGAUGCUCAUUUGGCAUUCAAGUCGAUAGCCGAACCUAAUACUAUGGAGAGGGAAGGUUUGAAACCUGAUGAAUCUUCAUUUGCUAGCUUGUUACCUUUGCUUAAUGAUCGUUCAUGUUGCAAGGUGAUGGUUCAAGUGCAUGCUACGAUAAUUAAGUUUGGUUCGGUGGUUGAUGCCAUUGUGUACAACGCAGCUAUCACAGCUUACUCUGAAUGUCAGUCUAUUAUAGACUCUGAGAAGGUAUUUGAGGACAUGGUGGGCAUUAGAGACUUGGUAACUUGGAAUUCUAUGCUUGUGGCUUAUGCUGACCAUGGCUUCAUGGGAGAUGCAGUUAAGCUGUUUAUGAGAAUGCAAGAUAUUGGGAUUGCCUUUGAUAUCUAUACUUUUACUAGUGUGAUAAGUGCUUGCUUUGAGUGUGGACAGAUCAGCCAAGGAAAGAUAUUACAUGCAUUAGUUGUUAAAUGUGGUAUGGAAGGGACACCCUCAGUUUCUAAUGCUCUCAUAGGUAUGUACAUCAGGCCCAAUGACGUUUGUAAUGUAGAGGAUGCAGUGAAGUGCUUCAAUUCAAUUGAGUUCAGAGAUGCUAUUUCAUGGAAUUCUAUAUUAACUGGAUUCUCACAAAAUGGGUUUAGUGAGGAUGCAUUGAAGUUCUUCUGCCACAUGCAAGCUGUAAGUGUUAGGAUUGAUCACUAUGCAUUCUCUGCUACUCUUCGUUCUUGCUCAGAUUUGGCAGUCCUUCUGUUCGAUCAGCAAGUUCAUGGUCUAGUCCUGAAAUCAGGUUUCAGUUCAAAUGACUUUGUAUCUAGUUCAUUGAUAUACUUGUAUUCUAAAUGUGGGAUCAUUGUUGAUGCCAAAAAGUCUUUUGAUGAGAGUUGUAAAGAUAGCUCAAUGACUUGGAAUUCAAUAAUUUUUGGGUACGCACAACAUGGACUAGGUGAGAUUGCUCUGGAUCUCUUCCAUAAAAUGCAACAACUUGGUGUAAAAGCAGAUCAUAUAACAUUUGUAGGCCUUCUCUCUACAUGCAGUCACAGUGGUUUAGUCAAAGAAGGCUCCAAAAUUUUAAAAUCUAUUCAGCCAACCUAUGGGAUUCCAUUGCGAAUAGAGCACUAUGCAUGUGGAGUUGAUCUAUUUGGUAGAGCUGGAAAUCUUACAGAAGCUAAAUAUCUUACUGAAUCAAUGCCCUUUGAACCAAAUUCCAUGGUUUGGAUGACUCUCUUGGGUGCAUGUAGAAUAUAUGGAAAUAUGGAUUUGGCUAGCCAUAUUGCUAAGAGUUUGCUAGAAUCGGAGCCAACGGUUCAUUCUACUUAUGUUAUUCUCUCCAAUAUGUAUGCUGGUUUUGGGUAUUGGGAUGGAAGGGCUAUGAUACAAAGGGAAAUGAGGGAUAGAAGAGUGACUAAAGUGCCUGGUUGGAGUUGGAUUGAGGUUAAUAAGAAGCUGCAUUCAUUUAAUGCUGAAGAUAUAUCUCACCCUCAAUCUGGGGAGAUAUAUGAUAGUUUAGCAACAUUGAUGGAAGAGGUAGAAAUUGUGCAUUAUGAAUGCAUUGAGGUGGGAAGGCAUGAGAUACUAUUUGGCUUAUAUGAUUGGAUAAUGGAUAGUCUUUUUCAGCCAAGUUUUCUCUUGGAACAUUAUUGCAGUGAAGCUGAGCAGACAUUCUUCAUGGCUUAUCUAACAAGGCUGCGAUUUGUCAUGCGGGUGCCAUUUGAAAGCUGA